AUGAUUGCUACCACACUCCUUGUUGCCUCUCUUGCCGUUGCUGGCUGCAUUGCUGCUCCAUCUGUUCAUCACAAGAACAAGAUUUCUCCUAUGUAUGGAAAGCAUCGCUUUGCCGGAGCUGCUGAUACCAUCACCUACAAUAUGAGUGCUCCUCUGCUCACUGGUCCCUUGAAUGUUUACUUCAUUUACUACGGUAACUGGACUGUCAGCCAGAAAAAGCUUGUCAAGGAUUUCACUUCUGGUAUUGGUGCUUCAGACUGGUGGACUACCGAGAAAAAGUACUACUAUCAGAAAUCCGCCUCGUCCCCUAAAGUGUAUAUUGAUGGACAGGUCAACUACGCCGGAUCCGUUGAUAACAACUACUCUGUUGGCAAAACCCUCAAUGGAACUGCCAUUCCUGAUCUCGUUUCCAAGUACAUCACUGCCGGUACUUUCCCCGAGGACACCAAUGCCGUUUACUACAUGUUGAUUUCCAGUGAUGUUACUGAAAUCGCACUCGGUUCAUCCUUCUGCAGCGACUACUGUGGUUAUCACGAUUCCGCCAACGAUGCCAAGGGCAAGGAGAUCUACUAUGCUCUUUCUGGUCAAUUCAGCUCUGACUGCAUGGCUGGAUGUGCCCCACCUACCAAUAGUGCCUCUUCUCCCAAUAACGACCCUUCUACCGAUGCCAUGCUUUCUGUGAUGGCUCACGAACUUGCCGAAGCAGCAUCCGAUCCCUCCAACAUCCGCGCCUGGAACGAUGCAGCCGGAGCCGAAAACGGUGACAUGUGUGCAUACACUUAUGGUACUACCAAGACCGAGCCCAACGGUUCAUCUUCCAACUGUGGAUGGAACGGACGUAGAUUCAUGAUUCAACAAAACUGGGAUCCCGAAACUCAGUCUUGCACCAUGGGAUCUGCCACUAAACCUGGUCCCAACCAUUCUUCAGUCACCACUACUACCACCACUGAAGUCCCCACAACCACCACUACUACCACUGAGGUCCCCACUACUACCACUACCACCACUGAGGUUCCCGUAAUCACCACUACUACUACCGAGGUUCCCGUAAUCACCACCACCACUGAGGUUCCCGUAAUCACCACUGGUGUUCCCGAAACCACCACUAAUGCUCCCGCUCCUUCGGCAACCGCUGGCUGUGACGUCUGGGACAUUUGCUGCAUCUAUGUUGGCCGAAACUGCGAUGCUUAA